UUUCACAUAUAUUCCAUUGAUGGAGAGAUACAAAGGUUUAACUUAUAUCUUAAAUCAUUUACAUCUGUGUAUAAUCUUUUUCAGCAACCAGAAGAUGGAUUGAGCACUUGUACUACUGGGGCAAACCUGUUCAAUAACACUGUCCCUUUUGAUGUCAAUGACCAGUCAAAUAGCCUACCUGCUACUGAGGCUUUCCCACCCCUAGACAGUCCCCAGCCCCCAGAUGACUUGACAUUGCAGAAUAGUCCACUCAGCAUGGAGGUGUUCUCACCACCAAACAGCCCACCACCCCCAGAGUACUUCUCACCACCACCAUCCCCUGCAGUAAGACUCUCACCAGCAAAUAUAGUUGACCAGGAUAUACCAUGUGAGGAUUUCUCUUCUAAGUAAGUGCCUUUUCAGACUGAAUAGACAGGAUUUGAUCAUUCUAUUUUCCAGUUUCAAAUUAAAAUAUAGAAGAAAAAACAAACACUCUCACAAGAGAAAUUUUCUAUUCUUUUCAUGUUUAUGCUUUUCCAUUUGUUGCUUGUCAACACAUUGAUGAUUCUCUGUCUCUUUUGGUACUUUUGCUGAUUAUACAUUUUGACUAUUUAUUGCAUGGCUAACCCUUUUGUGACAGCACCUGAUCCAUUUAGUGGAAGCAAUAACCUUUUUGUCUUCUUGAAACAGAAACUGAAUUACGCUCUGAAGGUGUUGGCCCUUGUAACCUGUGUUUAGCCUUAAAAGGUUCUGUAAUCUCAUUAACCAGGUGGCUUACAUGAACUCUCUGAAGCAUGAUGUACAAAUACAGCCUAAUCAUAUUCUUAAACUUGCCUUUACAUUUUAGAGAAGUCCAGGAAGUGUUAUUUCAUUGCCAAGCAGUACCACUGACUUCCCUAGCUUAAUAUGCCUUUUUCUUUCAGAAACAAGGGAGUGGAAUCAACUGAUGAAUUCAGUGCAAGGCAACAAUUAUUAUCAAAACCUGUAAGAAACAGUUUGAGAUUAAAAAGAUCAAAUUUUCUUCCAGCUUGUCCAAACAAGCGACAAGGGGUUUCCUUUGACGCUGCUCUUUUGCACUUUGAUGUAUUUUAGUGAAUCGAUCAGACCUUUUUAAAAACUAAAAAUUGAAAUGUAAAAGUGAAGAGUUCAUCCCCCUUUCAAAUUUGAAAAAUAGAAAACUAUGCUCGAACAAAAUGGCAAAAUAUUUUCAGUUUUAAUAAUUCUAAUGGUCCAGGUAUUUGAAUUUUUGUUUAAAAGUGAGUGUCAACCUUUCUAGUUGUAUUUGGUGAACAGUUCCACAAUUUUGAUGUGGUGUACCUCCAAUCUCGACCAUAGGCACAAUUUUGCUAUAGAGUACCUCCAAUCUGUACCAUAGGUGGUUGAAUGUUCCUUAAGCAGGUUCCAGAGUCUGUACAAGGAGCACCUGAGCAUUGUUAAGUCCAGCAAAGUAGGCAAUUUGUGACAACUGACAAACCAGUGCCUCUUUUUCUUUUUUAAAUGAGUCAUGGCUAAUACAAAGCUUAUAACAUCGUUAUCAGCAUCGCUGAGUUUUUGGUAUGUCUUCCGAUAGGCUUCAGUGCUGCAAAACAACUUUGACAAGCAGUGAAACGACUUGUAGCUAAAUGACUUUGUAUCAAAACGACUGGUAACCUUUACAUUUUAUUCCACUCUAGGUGUCCUUCCAUCCCAGUCCACUUCAAAUGUGUUCUUUGUGUUUGAUUUAGGAUGGUGACGAUGAUGAGUGCCCAGAGAGUCCUCCAGAACCUGAUUAUUUCUCUCCACCUGCUUCACCUUGUAUGCAGCUCACAUCAUCUGAUACAGCACAGCAUGAACCUGAAGAGGUUUUGCCAUCAAUACUUCCAGUGUACGUUCUUACAGCUUCAUUUAUAGUUGAUGAUAUACUUAUGGUUUCAUUGUUUCAAUGUAAUCAUGGCCUUUUUUAUCUUUUACGUCUGCAGUGAUCAACUUUGAACUGUUUGAACUGUUUAAUAAUAAUUACAAAUUUUACAAGCAAGCAAUAUCCACUGCCCGCAGUUAGCAGAUUAGCUAGUGGAGGCGAGCAGUGGUUACACAUUUUUUAUAUAUAUUCAAAUAGCUAACAAGCAAGACUAGGGAAAAAAGGCAAAAAAAUGUUACUUGCUUUUUCCUAGUCUUAAACAAUAAGAUUCAAUCAAGAUUUCAGGAGCUCGGGAACCAUGUCCUUUGCAGUUACUUUGUGCUUUUCAGCUUACAGUGUUGUUGUAUAUCCCUAUUCUCAUGGUUUUUUCUUUCCUUAGGGCUCAAAAAAAUUCUCAUGACGUGCUUGAACCAAUUCCGAAAAAUGUAAGUUUUUGGCUAACCAUUUUUUUCACACUCUACUUGCCUUAAGAUGUAUGUCUGAUCUGUCCCACUGCAGCUUGAUCCAAUACAAGCUCUUUUGUGGUAAUUUAAGUCAGUUAGCACUCACAUGUUGAAUUUUGUGAACAUGGUCACAAAAGUAUAUUUAUAUUAUAUUUAUAAUAACGUUUUGGUUUUUGUUUGGUCCUUGUCCACAGGCUCCAACCGUGAAGAUCAAAGAUAUCUUGCAUCAGGCACAUGUCGUCCAUUAUGAGACAAUGGAGAGCAUUUGCUCCAUGUUAGAGAAAACUGGACCAGCCAUCAUCAAUAAUCUACCUCAACCUCUUCUUGAGGCACAGAGCUUAAGGUUUCUGUUUGGUCUCUUGUUUUACUUUACGUAAGGGUGCAGUGCUGACCUAGGGUGCCUACCAUUGGUCAUGACACCAACAGACCAGAAAGCCCUUUUUGUUAUCUUCUAUAAGUUUAUAUGCGGUCAGAAAUGUAUAUUCAUGCCUAGUUUAGACAGGGGCACCCAACGAGAAUAUAGUUCAAAACCACUGAAACAUAGCAUUGUUAAACGUAUUUUAGUAUUUAAACAGUAGAUAUGGGCAUAUUUUUAUCCUCUAAAAAUUUUUCAUCUGUUCGGAUAUCCUAGCUGAAAGUCUAAUGAUCUGAAAAUUAUAGGAAUCCAAACUUACCUUUUCGAAAAUUUCAGCCAGAAAAAAGGCUCUCGAAAAUUCUAGGUGACCUUUUCAGGGAAAAAAAUCCGUUAAAAAUGGGUAAUUAUACCAUUUUUUAGAUGUUCGAAAAUACUAGGAGAGGCAGGCAAGCAAGAAAUGUUACAUCAAAUGUCCCGAAAAUUCUAGAUCUCAAAUCGUCUUCCGAACAGAUAUUUUCCGAAAAUUGACGUUGGGUGCCCCUGUUUGGAGUCGCGAACAAAGGAAAAAAGGGUUAGCCAUGACUAAGAUACGUUUACGGGUGAAACCGAAAGGGGUCAGAUUACAGUUGCAUGAUUCAGUUGCAUUAUUAUUAAGCGUAUUAUUAACAAACGUCUUUCAUGCAGAAAAAGAUUACGAACGAAAGUUAGGCAGCUUGAGGCAAUGUUGAAACAGCGGGGAGAAAGAGCAGAUGAGCCAUUUAGGAGUGGUAUGUACAAACCAUCAAUAAUGUGAAACUCUAACCAGGUACCCGUACUUUUAAAGUUAUCCCGUGAUUAACAACAACAUAUAUAGAUGGACAGCCUCAACAAGACAAAUACUAGUAUGAAAAUUGUUGAUGUGAGACCUAAAUGAUAGGAUUAGUGAAUCUUCCCAGCGCCAGUUUUCAAUGUCCACUUCUGCUUGGAACUUUCUCUUGUCAAAAUGUUCGUAUUUGGUGUUGCUUAUUGGUUUUUUGGACCGUUAAUGUAAGUAGGCCUAAAGUGUAUCAUCGUUUGGGAAGGUUAGGAGCUAAUGCAGACUAAACCGUACAUAACAGUCGUCAGUUAAUCUUAUAGAAAUUUGUGAUCUAGGCAUAGAUGACUGCAAAAUUUAUGUUCUGACACAUAAUCGUGACACUAAUUAACUUAAUUACUCAAUAGUCAGCUCCAGGGGAAUGCCAUAGUCAGCCAUGCGCUGAUGUGCGUGUAUUCCAACAACUUAUUUUAUGAGUAAAAAGUGCCAAAAUAUUGUUUUCUUUGUUAUGCUUACAGUUGAAAGGCCAACAACGUUUGUGGAACGUCCUUCGUCAUAUGCGCUGAACACUACACCUUGUGGGGAAAGCUUCUUUGAGAGAGAGGGCAGCAUGGCGGCUCAAUCUAACAUUAGCUUAAAUCGCGAGAAUAUUUCCACAGUGUCUGGAAACAAUAGAAGACAAUCUGCUGCAAAUAAUGCUGGUCAACAUGCUAAAGUCCAAUGUUCUUCCGUCAGUCCAGUAUCUGUGGCUUCUGAAGGCAUGAUGAAUGAUCACACAAGUAAAGAUACGCAUCUACUAGCUGAAUUGCUAGACAGCAGUGAUGAUGAGUGGGCAAACACGUCUGUUCUUACUACAAAUACUGGAAAUAAGUUGUCUACAACUUCCCGUGUUGCUGAUUGUGGCAGAAACAUUAACUCAUUGGAAUCCACACCUUGCAAUCAACAGAGAACUAAGAGUCUUUCAUUUCAGACCACAUCAUCCGUUAAAAGCAAAACUAGCAUCAGCCUUAAUUCCAGCUUCUCACCUCGGAGAAUCAAUAUGAUUCCAAACAACGGCAAUGAUAGUAAGUUGUGUAUUAUUUGGUCUAAUAUUAACUUCACCCUCAGUUAAUGUCCAGCUAGGACUGCGUGCGCAUGACUUUACAUGGUCUCAUGCACAAGAACACAAGAAGUCAUUUUUAUGAUGGCAUCACUUUGCAACAAUUUAUGACCAGCCUUUAUUUCUUUCUUUCUUUAUUUAUUUAAUUAUUUAUUUAUUGCCUUCUUGUUUAAAUAAAGAAAUUCCCGACCGUGGUAUUCAAACAAAAACAGCCCUAUUAAGACGUAAUCUUAUUGUAUUCUGUGAUGUGUACUUUUUUGUUUCUUUUGGAUGUUGUUUGAUAGAAAUAAAUAAAUGAAAUUAAUGAAGUUGCAGUGAACUGGUACAAUCGUGAAAAUUGCUUUUUGUUUUGAUACUGGCCUGAACUGAACUUUACCACUGUAAAUGGGAAUAAGAAGUUGAAGCUUGCUGGGAAUAGUGGAUUGAAGGUAGCACUGACAAGUUGUUAUGGGUUUUAUUCAUGAAAAGAUUGUAUCAGUUUAUCCAGAAUGCUGGCAUUUUUUCCUUGCCUCUUCUGUUGAGCUGCUUGCACAAGUGGUGUCUACAAGUUUAAUUUGAGUGUUUGGAAAGGCAGCCAUGCUUUGUUCGCUAAGAAAUUUAUCUUUUUUUUUUACAGUUGAAUUGAAGCGAAAAGAUUUGCCCUACCACAGAGAGAUGUGGAAGAUAUUAAAAAAUGUAUACAAGAUCCGUUCACUAAGAACAAAUCAGUUGGAAGCCAUAAAUGCUGCUAUGAUGAAGCAUGACUGUUUUGUUCUUAUGCCGACCGGUGGAGGAAAAAGCCUGUGCUUUCAAUUAACUGCAUUAAUGGGCUCUGGGGUAACUUUUGUUAUCUCACCUCUGAGGUCUCUUAUUCAGGAUCAAGUACAACGCCUUCAGUCUCUCCAGGUAAGUGUGCAGAGGCUAUAUCCUUUUUUAAUGCACUUUUUGAUUGUGAACAGGUUAUUAUUUUAAACAAAUGGAAGGGUAGGUCGCUGACGUGGAACAGGAGGUCAUUAUUACGAAUAAUAACCUACUGGUCCAUUUCAGUGGCUACAAUAAUGAUCUGCUGGUUCUAAAACAAUGGAAAGGUGCAUUAAAUCGGAUAAUGCCUCGCUUCCCGGCCUUCUUUCGCCUCGGAGCUCAGGCAUUAUCCUAUAGAUAUUCUGUCAAGCUCUGUUUUCCUGUUGUAGAACAAACUUGAGUGACACAUGUUUUCCAAUGUAAGAUCGAACGUAUCAUCAAGGGCAACAGUCACACUUUCCUGAGGUUCUCUAAUAGAAAAAAUAAGGCAAUUUUUCUCAGGAUUAGUUAACUUUAAGACGGCAUUGAUAAACAAAAUUAAUAACUAAAAGAUUGCUUGUCCAUUAAUCUAUAUUCCGUAAGUAGAUUGAUGGUCUGAAAUAAGCAAACCUCCGCAGUAACUUAUACUCUAUAGAAAAAAGCAUGGCAAAAAUUGUCGUCAAUGUAUGUUAAAUUCUUCAUGGUCUUUUUUAACUCGUGGGUACGCGCGAGCGUACCACGAGUUAUUGCAGGGACAGGGAUAUGCAAAUGAGUCACUCGCUCACUCGUAGUAGACGCACUUCGUAAUUAAUCGGGUCCGAACUCGAGAGCGCGAAGAUCUAUCGUUUCCAAAGAAGCACGCGCUCGUUGAAGUUCGGUGGCAUCAAAUUCCUCGCUGAGAGCGUGCAUCGCGCGCUACAGCACGGUUAGAGGGCAGAGUUCUUACCAUUUUAAGACACGCAGGAAUCUUUCAGAUUAGUACGAUUCUAGAGCCUUUGACUCGUCCAGGCGUUAAACUUGACGAGAAGAUGAGCAUUUGCUCUUCGCCCCCUUCAACUUCGACGCUGGCUUGAUCUCCUACCUUGUAGUAAUGUAGUAGGUUAUGUGUAUGAAUGAAUGUAUGGUAAAUAAAGGCACUUCUUCUUCUUCUUAAGGACUCCCCAAGAUCACGGGGGGAAAUGGAUGUGAUUUUGAGCCUUAGCUUUAAAAUGACAACGGAAAUCGAGAUAAGAAAACAUAAGCUUAUGUUUUGCGUCCUACUUCGGACCACUUCGCGGAGGAGUUGUGUCGGCUUUGUAUCGCAUAUGUUCUUUCAUUGCCAUGAAAUGCGUUUACAUUGUUCUUUAUCGUCAGUAGCCUGGUUUCAAUUGGCCUUAAUUUCAUCCGAUUGCUUCGAGUCGUUUUUCAAUCGGUUAAGUAUGGUUCGAUCGUUUGCCGGCGGAAGUUCCAUGAAAAAGGCAUUAAAUUUGAGACUUUUCACCAAAUCAUGUGAUCAUCCUCAGUGGCGUAGUGGCUAUGUGUGGUCGGGUCAACCCGAACGUACCAGGUUCAAAUUCUGCUACUGACCUUCUUUUUCCCUUCUUCCUUUUUUGUUUUGUUUUGUUUGCUUAUUUGUUUUGCUGUUUUUGUUGUUGUUGUUUUUUGUUUUGUUUUUAAAUAUAUACCUAAAUAACUGUUAAUAAAGUGCAAUAAACAGCAAGAAAAGUAUUGUGUUUCCAGAACAAGGAUAGUAUAUUUGUAAUCUGAAUUUCUAUCAUUUCCGAAAAUUUACUGUGGGAAAACCAGAGGUGAUAACUGAUUGAUUAUUUUCUAAACAACGUACCCACUAGUUGACGAUAGUCUUUCUUUGAUUAGCUACCUGCUGUGCAUUUACUUGGUGAUACUAGGGCUGGUUCCACAAAGCACUUGAAUUCUGUCUACCAAGACUUGUCGCUCAGGAAUCCAACCAUUAAACUUGUAUAUGUGACACCAGAGAAACUUUCGGCCAGUGACAAGCUUCUGUCUGUUACGAACAGCCUGUACACCCGUGGGUUACUUGAUAGGUAAGCUGUUAAACCACAUCAAGUAAGAGAACUAUUAUUAUAUAUUUGUGCAGACUAGGAAAAUGAGCGGAAUGUUGCUUUGGUGCGUGGGCUUUUUCAUACAAUUGGUUUUAGCAGGUUUCCGGGAAAAAUUCACAGUCAAAUUUCUUCUAAGCGGUUUCCAUUAAGCAGUCAUUUGUCGAAUUCCUGGAAGUUAUUUACCUUAUCAUGAUUCAAUUGCCUCCAACUCUAUUGAAAUGUCAUUCAGUUAUGAAGGAUGGCUUGAAAUCUCCUUUUCUUUUGUACAAGGAGAAAACAAAAACCUCUACGAAGGGUACGUCUCCUUGUUUAUCACGUUCUUCUUUUCCUGAUAUACCUACAGACUUGAACGAUCAGCCUGAAGUUAGCAAAUUGGCCAAUACCCAAGGGUGACCAUGUGUCUUACUGUUUCUUUGCCUUCUCCCUCUUUUUGUUCAGAAUUAGGACCCUUCUGCAUGUUUUAGAAACUUUUGUUUUGGUUGCAGGAUCGUAAUAGAUGAGGCCCACUGUGUCAGUCAGUGGGGCCACGAUUUCCGUCCAGACUACAAGAAGCUGUCGUCUUUAAGGACUAAGUACCCGAAAGUCCCUUUUAUGGCGCUCACUGCUACUGCCACACCUCGUGUACAAAAGGAUGUUCUCCACCAGCUGAAAAUGCCAAAACCAAAAUGGUUUGUACUUCUAAAUUCCUUUACCACUUUUAUAUUCAUUGUUUGAACAGUCUUUUUGGUGCUUAGUGCUUCCUAAUUGUUUUCUUGAAGAAAUAUAAAUGAAAUUAAAUAAACUUUCUCACACGCAGAAAAAGAAACAAAUCGUUUUUAGGAAAUUGGUGAAGACUAACAGCAGGGUGCAAAGAAAGUCAUUUUUACAGAAGCGAGCAUUUACUAGCCCAAACGUCAUUUCAACUACCCUCCAAAAUAUUUGGAUGAGCAGAAUUGAUUUCACAGUGCUUCUGUAAGGUGAAUUCCUCAAAAUACUUCACUUGUCUGUCGGGCAAGAUAAGAACAGAAUUCACUGGACCGAUAGCAAAAUCCACUAGCCCCGAGCCAUCGGACACUACUUUCUAUGCACGCUGAACAGUCUAACAGUCAAACCCUGUUAAUACGGACACUGAAGGGACCAUAGGGGUGUCUUUACUAAGCAGGUCAUGUUAUUUACGUCAUAAAACACCUUUUAUUAGAACAAAAUAAUAAAGAAAUAAAAGAGGACAUUGGCAUCGUUAAAUUACUGAUCUCUAACCUUCACAAGCCAUCAUUCCCCUGACUAAUUCCUCGAAAACGCUCAAAAAUAGCUUAACUAUAUAUUACUCAAUGAAAACUGUUUUCUUCAUAACUCGUUUGAUGCCAAAAAAGUCUGAAAUUGAGGUAUACGAAUCAUCCUCCCUAAAGUACUGUAGCGCUGGGGAACAGCAACAUUCCGUCAAAUAUAAGUUUUUUAACCUUCAGAGAGGAAAGGUAUAUUACAGCAUACAAUCAAUGAUUAAGUGUCCGCAUUAGCAAGAUUGACUUUAUGAGAAUCUGUUGAUUGGGCAAAAAAAGUGUCCCUUGUCCACAUUAACCGGUGUCCAUAUUAAGCUGGUUGAAUGUAUAGGAAAUGUAAAGAUUUUUCCCAGGGACACAGAAAACUGUCUGGAAUGACGGGUGUCUGUUAAGUGGGGUUCGAGUGUAUUUGUUUACGUCACCACCUCCAACAGUAUCUUUUGUUGUUUCGGAAGGCUGGCCACCUAUACUGCACGGUUAAGCUUGAGAGCAGGGAGGUUCGUGCACCUUUUAUCUUGUCGUUUAUUACCUGAGUAUACAAUGUGGCUCAGACUGUGGAAGAUACUAGUCAACUUUGUGUGGAAUUCAUUACACAGGAACGUGAAGUUUCAGUCGUUCAAAACUUAUAAGAAAUAAGCCCACCUUAGAAAGAAACGCUCGAUCAAAAACAAGUGAAGCUGUUACAUUUAAAGACAUUUUACCUCUGUUAACCAUAUUUAAAAAAACUCUUGCAUUGGUUCUACUCUUUUCUUGUUGUUGUUUUUUUAAAAUUUAUUCUUGUGUAUGUCAUUCAAAUCUUCCUUCCUCUUGCAUACCCCCAUUAGCCUUUGAAAGAUGCUAGAGGUGUUGCGAAGACCAAAAGGCAAUACAUUUCUUAUAAAAAAAUAUAUAUAUCAAAUGAGCAACAAAUACCGCCAGAGAGAUUCGCACUUUGGGUCUUAUCAAUGCAUCUGUGUCUGUGCCGGGGAAGAUACUGAUUUUUUUUCUGAUUAUUCUUGUGUAUGUCAUUCAAGUCUUCCUUCCUCUUGCCCACCCCCAUUAGCCUUUGAAAGAUGCUAGAGGUGUUGCGAAGACCAAAAGGCAAUACAUUUCUUAUAAAAAAAAAUAUAUCAAAUGAGUAACAAAUACCGCCAGAGAGAUUCGCACUUUGGGUCUUAUCAAUGCAUCUGUGUCUGUGCCGGGGAAGAUACUGAUUUUAACGCCAUGCCUUACUUAAAAGUUUAUCGGUUAUUUUCUUGGUGCUGCACAACAACAAAAAGAGGUUUAUCAAUAUUGUUUUCUGUUGAGGUUAACAUACCGUAAAAUUCCGAAAGUAAGCCCCUCCAUGUAUAAGCCCCUCGAAAUAUACGCCCCCCAAACUCGUAACGCAAAAAACCCUUUGUUAAAUGCCCUCAAAUACAAAGUAAAACAAAGCAAAAACGGUAAGUUUCCUUCCAGUUGCAAGGCUAGCCCAAUCGAUUUUGAAACGCAAAUUUCCCACCGUAGAUAAGCCCCUCCAAAAAUAAGUCCUUCAAAUGGGCCUUUAAAAAUAUAAACUCCGGGGCUUAUUUUCGGAAUUUUACGGUACCCAGUGUCGUUGUGUUCCUUUUUGAUUCUAUAGUGUCUUCUUGGGCUGGUAAACACGCAGGCAGUUUAACAACAACCCUAAAUAUGGUCUUUGGUGGUGACAUGUGACUGAUGUUUUAGAUGUUCAUAAAUGCCACUUUUGAGAAUGUAUCACUUGGUCGUUCUAUUAGUAAUUGCACCGUUUUAUUUUCGAUUCAUGCUGGGACUUGCCUAAGCCGCCGUUUAUCUUUAAUCUUCCUGCAAACUAUUCUUUUACCAUCAGACGUUAUUAAAACUUUACCUUCUCUUAAUCAAUGUCAGGUUUACCCAGAGUUUCAAUCGACCGAACCUGAAAUUCGUUGUAAAACCAAAGAAAAAGGUUAUGGACGAAAUACUCAAGUAUAUCAAGACCAAACAUGCUGUUUCCUCUGGCAUUAUAUACUGUCUAUCCAGGUUUGUAAUAACCUUUUUCUAUUAUGGGUUUGUAAUAAUAGAUAAGAAAUUAUUCGUAGUACCUGACUUUAUGACGGAUCAAUUUUUCUUUUUAAAAAAACUCCUAGUUUUCUUUCAAAUAUCGAAUUACGUUUCUGUUAAUCUUAAUCGCCUUUGCAAUGUGAUGCAAAAGGAUGGCUGUGUUGGAAGGGAUUUGCUCAAGCGCCAGACAAUUGCAUCUGUUAUCAGAGCAAAGCAUCACUAAAAAAAUUAUUAAGUUAUUCAAAGAUCAUAUAUAAUUUGCAUAGUAGGAAUUAAUUGCCCCCGGAGAGAUUUCGCCCAUAUAUUAAGGACAGUACUUACAGUUCAAAUAUACAGUCAGUAUACUAGAAAAAAUCUCGAUUUGCUCGAACAGUGGCCGCGAGGAAUCGGUAGCUAAUGAUGACGUUUCUAUUGUUUGCGCCCGCAAGUACGAAAUGGUUAGGCUGACGUAAAGACAGAAAAUCCCAAAGGGACCUCUUAGGUAGAUUUUGUGACAUUUAUUGUGCAGUCAUACUUCGAUACUCUUUUGCGUUACGCAGUGACAUUCUGUGGAGCAGUUGUUUUGAAAGUUAUUGACCAAAAGACACUCGUUAAGCGCAGAUGAGGUUAUAAGGUGCGUUUAACUAUGUAUAUAUAAACACUUGGAGAGUUUGCCAGACACGAGUUCACAAAUUUUUGAUUUAUAUUGGAAACCUUGCCUCCUUCUCUCUCUUUGACCGGAAUAAGACUCAGCCCCAAACAAGCAAGACGAGUGAACAACGGCUAGCUUAUCACUAGCAGAUUGAUGGACAAUUACAGAAAUGCACCGACAAUCAAAUUCUGUGCUGACUUAUUCCCUGCUCACAGAUGUCCUUCCGUUAUAAAGUUUCAAAUAAGACUAGAAUGCGCCAGCGUGAAUCGAUCAAACAUCCUUUUAAUUUCUAAGGCUUACUUUCCGGCAAAUAAAAUGAACUGAAUGUAAAAAGUGAAAGAGAAAUAGCGAAAAAUUCAACUUCUAAUUAAAUCUUUUCUUAUGGUUUAGAAUAAACUAUUCUUGAAACUGAGAAUGUUUUGAUCAAAGCUGUGUAAAUCGAGCUGAAACUGUGCAUGGAACCUUGCGUUUCCUGUAUUUAUCUCACCUAUUGUAUGGAAUAUGUGUGAAAAUCUUCAUUAUGAAUCGGUAUAUUUCAAAGAGCUACACAACCAGCAAGAAUACUAUUGACCGACAAUAUACAGAACGGGGGCAGCUGUAGUGUCAACUAUUACUAGUUUAUUAUUAGCGUUGACUCUAACGAAACAAAAAUCUUGUUUAUGUUGCUGAAAGGAUUGAUUGUGAGCGUGUAGCGGAUUCUUUAAAUGAAGCUGGUAUCAGUGCAGUGGCUUACCAUGCCGGCCUUUCUGAUGAACAAAGGACAAAGUGCCAAGAAGCCUGGAUCAAUAACCGAUACAAAGUAAGCCAACUGAACAGCGUUAAUCAAAGGUCAUGUGCAACUUGUUCUCUUGCUUGGAGAUCAUUUGUAGUGGUUUAUUCCGGCAACGUAUUUUGAAUUUUCCCAUGUUAAUGCAUUCUGGUUUUCUUAAUAGGUGGUUUGCGCUACAAUUGCCUUUGGAAUGGGUAUUGAUAAAGGCUCAGUUAGAUAUGUCAUUCAUCAUUCUAUGCCCAAGUCAUUGGAGGGGUAUUAUCAGGAGUGUGGUCGGGCAGGACGAGAUGGUGGACUGGCUGAGUGCAUUCUGUUUUAUUUGUAUGGUGAUACUACCAGAAUAAGGAGGUCAGUUGUGUACAGGCCUUUAUUGCUUAGAGCAUUAACAGUGGCAGCGGAAUUAUUCAUAGUUAUUGAUCUGAGAAAGGUUAAAAUUUUGUCCUGGAAAAAUUCGAAAUAUUUCUUUCACCAGUAAUAUUUUUUAAUGUUUACAGAUCCGGCAUUCUGCACAAAAAUAAAAGCAAACCGACAUUCCGUAAAAUUCUGAAAAUAAGCCCCUCCAAAUAUAAGCCCCCCAAACCGGUAACGCAAAAAAAAACCCGUUAAAUGGCCCCUCCAGUUAUAAGCCCCCAGGGGCUUGUACUUGGAAAAUUACCCUCAAAUACAAAGCAAAAACGGUAAAUUUACUUCCAACUAUAAGACUAGCCCAAUCGAUUUUGAAACGCAACUUUCCCUCCGUAGAUAAGCCCCUCAAAAAGGGCCUUUGAAAAAUAUAAGUCCCGGGGCUUACUUUCGGAAUUUUACGGUAUGCUAAAAUUAGAACUUGCCUAACAUAAGCCGUACUGUUGAACUUAAGUGAAAAUGUGGUGCCGACAAAAUCAGUCACCAUGUUGUUUUUAGAUGCUGUUUUCAUUUUCCUUUACAAGGGGCAAGGGUUCGAAAUGUAAGCGUUUUGGAGCAACUCCAUUGAACCGGAAGUCUCCCCUUGAAAACAUCAAGUCGUUUUGUCAAACCCAAGACGUAUCUCUAUAUUUUGCGUGGUUUCUUGACAUAAGCCAGUCUUUUUCUCUGUUCAAUAUGAGAUCUUUUUCCCAGAAGCCGGAUGCACAGAAAGCUUCAAAGUUAGGAUGUCCUAAGUUUUCCUUCCUAUCAAUGACCUGCUGCCAUUUAAACAUAACAAGAGUAAAUCGCGCGCUCUGAUUGGUCAGUUAGCCACUACCAUUUGCCCGUGGGUGCACGCCAAGAAACUGAGCUAGCGCGGUAAAAUUUAGGCAAAUUCAACAAAUCUCCUCUCCUGACGGUAAAAUACACCGAUGAAAAGCACAGAUGAAAAGUGGAAGUUCGAGAAAAUACUAAGCUGUCGUUUUGAAGGAAAAAAGACAAAAGAUAAAUUUAUCAAUUAGCUUUGUGUUAUUGACUUUUUGGUCAAGCUGAUGCUAAAUUCAAGCAAAUAUUUUAGGAAACACGCUCAAAUUCGAGACAGCUUUGUUGUGAAGUUUCAGGGGCACCCAACGACAUUUUUCGGAAGAAUAUCUGUUCGGAAGACGAUUUGAGAUCUAGAAUUUUCGAAACAUUUGUUGUAAAAUUUCUUGCUUGCCUGCCUCCCCUAGGAUUUUCGAACAUCCAAAAAAUGGUAUAUUUGCCUAUUUUUAACGGAUUUUUACCCUAAAAAGGUCACCUAGAAUUUUCGGAAGCCUUUUUUCUGGCUGAAAUUUUCGAAAAGGAAAGUUUUGAUCCCUAUAAUUUUCGGAUCACUAGACUUUCAGCUAGGAAAUCCGAACAGAUGAAAAAUUUUUAGGGGAUAAAAAUAUGCCUAUAUCUACCGUUUAAAUACUAAAAUACGUUUAACAAUGCUAUGUUUAAGUGGUUUUGAACUAUAUUCUCGUUGGGUGCCCCUGAAGUUUUAGUGAAGUUGAGUUGAAACGGGCACAUUACGCUGGAAUAAGCGAAUUUCAUUUGAGUACAGAAACUUUUGGGUUUUCAAAUGAAUUUUUCAAAAAAUAACUUCUGUGUGUAUUAUUUUGUUCCUCAGUGUUCAUUUAUAACAGUCGUUCAGAGAACGGUCGAAAAACAACAGCUUCAGCGCCGGCUGUGUGUCGGCGAAUUUCAGUUGCAACUUCGACUCUCAUAGCUGGAUUUCCCCUUACAGAUUUCGAUACAAAGCUUGUUAAUUUCUUUUUAAAAUUAGUGUUACCUGUUAUUCUAAAGGAAUUACAGUCAAAUUUUCUCAUUUCUACUUUACGUUUAUUUCAAAAAUUGUCACAUAAAUAAGCUUGAUAAUUAUUUCAUUUAUUUAGUUUUGGCAGAAGCUCAUAAGGGGUUGAAACGUCUGCUUUUGGCUUAUUUUUUAGAGUCUUUUUAGUUGGUGUUUAUAGUUGCAGCUAUAGUUUUCCCUCAAAGUUUUUACCCUAAUAUUAAGAGCAAGUAGACAGAUGCAAUUCAGAAUAACAACGAAAAACGUUUUGCAAUUUACCUGAAGACGGAGAACGGUUGAUUCAGCGAAAGAAAAACUCAAAGGGGCGGGCAGAUGGCAGCAUACAUGAACUCGGGCCGAUGACUCAACCGAAGGCAAAUGGAAAAUAACGUUUUUCUCUUUUGAUUAUGUUAGAAAAGAAAUGGUAAACGUUGCAGCUGUGCAACCAUGGAGUUAUGGAACCUCCCGCGUGCAUCCAUAACUCCAUGCCUGCACGCUGCACGUUUACCAUUUCUAAACGUAAUACUGAGAAUAGAAUAUACCUGAUGAUUUUUUGAAUCCAUUCCCGGACCUUUUCAUUUAAUUGAAAUCUUGAUCUCGUAGGUUAUUUCAGCUGAUUUUGAUUACUUACAAACAUUUCUCAUUUGAAUGUUGUAUGUGGUAUGAAGGAUGAUCCAGAAUGAUCCAGGCCGGAACACAGACUGCAAACAAGUGGAUAUGGACAACCUCUUUCGUGUGGUGCAGUAUUGUGAGAAUGUGACUGAGUGUAGAAGAGUUCAGUUGUUGCAUUACUUUGGUGAGAUGGACUAUGAUCCGUCCCAAUGCCGCAGUAGGGCUGACAGCAUGUGUGACACGUGUGCUUCCUCUGACUCGUUUGUGUAUAGAGACAUCACAUCAGAAGCUAAGGCGUUUGUAGAGAAUGUCAAUUCUAUCGUUCACAAUGGAAACAGGAACUGGAGAAAGCCUGUUAGGAGUUUCACUUUAAAUCACUUUGUUGACAUUUUCAAGGUACAGUUAUAUUUUUUCGAAAAUUAAUUCCUACAUGUAAGAUGCAUUGGCUAAGUUGUCAGUGCCACAACCGCGAACCUCAAAACUGUUUAGGGGAAUUCAAUUCUGGAGUUUUGAUAGUUUGCAGAUAAAGUUGCCUCUCUUUGCUAAUAGCAGCAGAGGACGAUUCGAAAGCGAAAACAACAACAACAAAAAAACAUUCCAAAACAUUUCUCGCAGCAGUAAGCGAUGCAAAGCACACCAACAACCCACAAAACCACUAACUUAUUACUGUUGCUGCUUAUAAUUAAGCCUGCCUAGCUGUUCAGCUGUUUUUGUUUGCUGUUUUUGUACCUUGCAGUAUAGGCAUUUUUUAAGUUGACGUGUACCGUAUUUGCACUUUAUUUUCCUUUAGCACUUGUUGAAACUCUCUUAAGAGCUCAGUGUCUGCUUGUUCACACUUUUAACAUAUUCCAAAACCAUGUAGUUUCCUUCCAUACUGUGUACCCCCUGACAAGAAUGACAAGUUCAACUAUCUUUUACGCUGCUUUUCUCACAAUUGUACUUGGUAAUACAGGGUUCUGGAGGUGCGCGUGUGUCUUCUGAAGGUCAUGACAGAUGUUCUUUGUUUGGCUUGGGAAAGUCCUACCACAGAAAUGACGCUGAGAGACUCGGUCAUCUGCUUGUUUUGAAGCAUAUUCUGGCAGAGCAUAUGGUGAUUGGUAACCAUGACAACGUUAUCAGUUACCUUAAGUUAGGGCCUAAAGCUAUGGACUUUCUUCAGUCUAAGAUCAAGGUACAGUUACUUGAUAAUAGGGAC